AUGAAGCUCCCCUCGGCUUUCUCCCUGCUUUUCGUUCUGGUAGUGGUGGAGGUGGUAGCGCAGAUCAACUACUCGCAGAACUGUUCCAACAGCAUCGGGACCUGCCAGAACGCUUGCUGGGCAGUCCUAUGCAAUCGCGUGACGCGAACGUUGACCUACGAUUCCAACAGGGCCAACCAGGCCCCCCGCCGCAGGGCAUCGGGCUGCAGCAGGAACCCGUGCAAUAACAGCAACCUUCCCUACCGCAGGUUUGGAAACUCAUGCGACGAGUAUCCCUUCGCCAGUGUCAGGCAGGGCGGAGCAGGGGCCAAGUUGCGCUGUGUUCCUAAAGGCCAGAAUGACAGCCAGGGAGGUCAGCUUUCGGCGUUCUACCGCAACAGCGGAAUCCGGAACGGUCAGAGAAAUGGGGUCACUUUGCGUAAAUACGGGGGAGCACAGAGGCCGACCUGCACGAACGACGGGGGUCAAUUCCAUCUUCGAGGUGGCAGCUUUGUUCUCGGGCGCAGAGGAGGGGAUCUUGAUCGAGAUGUGAUCCCUGCUGACAAUAGCACAAUGGUUGACCAGGCAGGGGAGUGGGAGCCAGUGAGCCUGAGAACCCUUGAAGAUGAGGAUGGCAUCCUCCAUCUCGUCAUCGCUGAAGAUCCAGAUAAUCCGAUCCGAGUGGGAGACGAGGUAUGGACUGAUUCGAAAAAUGGGACUGUCAGACUUGUGCGGGAAGUUCCGAGUAGUGAAACAUGA